AUGAAGUUCUUGACUGUUGUCCUUCUUCUCGCUGCUCUGGUGAUUACCCAAGUUGCCUCUCAAGCUGGUGGUAUUUGCAUGUUCUGCUCUGGAUUGAUCCAGGUUCCACAAGCCUGGUCACACGCCCAGGAGCUUCUGAAAUAUGGAUGCGGUCAACUCGGUGAAGCCAAAAGCGCAUGUGUCGAACUUGUCAACGCCGCUGAUCUGACCAGUCCCUACCCGAAAAUGUACCCAUACAUCAUCCAGCUCAAGGAUAUCGGAUGCGCAUCCUAUUGCCGUACCUAA